AUGCGGCUCUUAUUAGCCCUCGCAUGUCUCAUUGCGCCAACCAUAUGCGCAAAGCCAGGGAACGAUGCAAUCCGCCUCUCAAAUGUCCAAACCCUCACACUACAUGCAAACCGACUGACCAGCGCCCGACGGGUCUCCCCAAUCCCACAACUCAACUGCAUCGGCCCAAACAAGAAAGUAUGCAACCUCUACCAACCAGACGUCAUGCGCUGCACAAACCAAGGCCACGACUAUGAUCUCGAAGACGUACAGUGGACAUGCACGGCCGAUCUACCUCCUGAAUUCAAGCUCGGCGCUACAGAUGUCAUUUGUGAGGGAUACCGCCAUGCAGACGAUAAGUGGGUUCUGAAGGGGAGUUGUGGGGUUGAGUAUCGUAUGUUGCUUACUGAGCUGGGUGAGGAGAGGUUUGGAUACACUAGCUGGGAGACGACUGAUUGGGAUAAGAUGAGCAAAUCGCAAAAGUUCUGGACUGGGCUUGGGAAUUUGAUUUUCUUCGGUUUCCUACUUGCGGUGUUUUUGAUGAUUGCUGUGCCUUUUGUUCUUUUGCUGGCGGAAUGUCUUGGGUUGCGAAGGAGUCGCGGGGACGGUGAGGGUCGAAGGUGGGGUGGUGGUGGUGGGCCAGGUGGAGGAGGGCCUCCUCCGCCGCCAUAUAGCGCCUUUGAUUCCCACAAGUCUACAGAUGACCAGCGAUGGAGGCCUGGGUUCUGGUCUGGUGCAGCAGGUGGUGCAGCGGCUGGUUAUGGGUUAGGAAGAUACUACAACGGCGAAAGACGCACCGCACCGAGAAGAUCUGGUGGCUACGACGCCGGCGAAGGCAGCUCACGCACACCGUCAUUUUCGUCUACGACUGCAAGUACUGGAUUCGGGUCGACAAGGCGCAGGUGA